AUUCUUUCUCCAAAAUUAUUUCCAAUCUUAUGUUGGUUGCAAUUUUGUGUAGGAGAAUAGUGACCGCGCCCAGAAAAGAUGGUAUCUUUUCCCUCUCCUCCUCUCGCAAAUCGCACUCCGACGGCGGCGGCGGCGCAACUUUCACCAUUUCUUACCUCACCAAGUCAUGUGGGCUAUCCUUGAAAGACGCUGUCUCCGUCUCCAAGAAACUGCGCAUCAAAUCACGACACAACCCAGAUGCGGUGUUGGAUCUCCUCACCGAUUUCGGAUUCACAAACGCCCAAAUCUCCAAACUCGUAACCAAAUGGCCUCUCGUGCUCCAAUCCCGCGCCGACGAAACCAUUUUGCCCAAACUCGAAUUCCUCCGCUCCAUCGGCGUUCCCGCCGCCGUCGCCGCGCAGAAGCUAACGGUGUAUCCCAUGAUUUUACAGCGCAGUCUCGAAAAUUCUCUCAUCCCAACUUACAACUACCUGAAAAAUCUCCUACAAUCCGAUAAAAAGGUUGUCAAUGUGUUCGCGCGAGCCCCAAGGGCGUUCGUCCACGGCUGCUGCGGCGAGAUGUCUCGCAGCAUCGCGAUCUUGAGAGAGCGAAGAGCGCCGGAGUCUUCAAUCGCGUUAUUGCUCAACAACCAGCCGUCACUGCUGAUGCUCGGCGGAGAAGCGUUCGCGGCGCUGGUGGAUCGCGCCGUUGAAAUGGGAUUCGAUGUGUCGAAAGUGAUAUUCGUUCUUGCACUCCAAGUGUUUGCGAAUAUGUCUGAGUCGACUCUACAGCGGAAGAUGGGUGCUUACAGGAGGUGUGGUUGGUCCGAAUCUGAGGUGAUGGCUGCAUUUCUAAAGCAUCCGCUUUGCAUGAAUUUGUCGGAGAAGAAGAUCACGGCGAGCAUGGAGUUUCUUGUUGGUGAAGCUGGAUUCGAGGCGGGCGAUGUUGCUCGAUGCCCCGUGCUUCUCGGUUACAGCGUGGACAAGAGGAUGAGGCCGCGCUUGAUCGUUACUAGGAUGUUGGAGGGGAAGGCCUUGUUGAAGAAGUCCACUAGUUUCAUAUAUUUGUUGAUGAUGUCUGAAGACAAGUUCGUCAAGAGGUAUAUUCUUGAGAAUCAAGACCACAUUCCUCACUUGCUUGAUGUAUACCGCGGCAACGUUUCUGUCGAGAUUUAGUGUUGAUUUCAUGUUUGGGACUGGUGUUAGGAUAUUCACUCAUUUUUGUCUCUGAAAAUGGGAGUUUGUUGUUUUGAUUUCAUUUAUGAAAACUGAGUUAGUAGAAGACAUUCUUGGAUUUUCUGAAAGCGGCUUAUUUCUUGAAGUGCAUUAAUUAAAGAUUUAUUUUUUAUUCUAUAAAUCGCAUUUUUUCUUAAAAAAGCGAUCUUGUCUUCACUUAUAACACCACUCUGUUUCCUUCUAUGAAAGGCGAAACCCUUCAGGCAGCGGCGAAUUUAUAAACCUUGAAACAACUAUUUGAAUCCAAUGUUUGCAAUUAUCUGUAGAAGAGGAGUAAUUAGGGUUCCGGGAAAAGAUUCAAUUUCUGUUGCCCUAAGAUUCCUCGCGCAUUUCUCCUGGGUGAACUCGUAUUCAACUUCAGAUGGCGGCGGCGGCGAUGCUGGAGGCCAAUCUUUGACCAUCUCUUACCUCGUCGGCGCGUGUGGGCUGCCGGAGAAGGCCGCCGUCUCUGCAUCAAAGAUUCUGUGCAUCAAAUCCCGAGAAAAUCCAGACGCGGUGUUGGAGCUCCUCAAAGACUACGGAUUCACAGAUUCCCAAAUUUCGAGGAUCGUUAGUAGAUGGCCGCGCGUUCUGCAAUGCAGCCCCGACAAAACCCUGAUGCCGAAGCUCGAAUUCUUCCGCUCGAUCGGCGUUCCCGAUUGUAUCGCGGCGCAGCGCCUAUCUGUCUUCCCUAGGAUCUUACAGCGCAGUCUCCGAAACCAUCUCAUCCCCUCGUAUAAUUACUUGAAAAGAUGGGUGCGAUCCGAGGAGAGGGUGGCGCUCGUGUUUAAACGCGCUCCGUUGGCGUUUUCGAGCGGCUGGCCGAAGGCGAUUCCGUCGAACGUGGCCAUGUUGAGAGAGAGAGGGAUGCCCGAGUCGUGUAUUGUUUCGUUGGUGGGGUGGAAGCCUAAUAUGCUGCUGCUCCGCCGCGAUAAGUUGUGUGGGUUUGUGGAUCGAGCUGCUGAGAUGGGAUUCGACGCGUCCACAAUGGCGUUCGUGAGUGCACUCCAGGUGUUCUACAGUAUGCCUGAGAGGGCUCUGCAGCGUAAAAUGGAGAUUUAUAGAAGCUGUGGGUGGUCCGAAGACGCGGCCACUUCGGUCUUCCUAAGGUUUCCCGCUUGCAUGGCGUUGUCCGAGACCAAAAUAAGAGCGAAUAUGGAUUUUCUGGUUAAGGAGCUGGGAUUCAAGCCCGUCGAGGUGGCCCGAUGCCCUUCGCUUCUGAGCUACAAUCUGGAGAGGAGGAUGAUGGGGAGGUGGAUGGUGGUCAGGGCUUUGGUUGCGAGAGGGUUGUUGAAGAAGGAGCCCAUCGCCGCCACCGCCAUCUCCACCUUGUUCAAAAUGGCCGAGGACAAGUUCGUCAAGAGCUACAUUGUUGAUCAUCAACAAGAGAUUCCUCAGCUCCUCGACUUGUAUCGAGGCAACUUGAGCCUCUCUCAACUUCUAACGUCUGAUUGAAAGAGCGUCGCGUGUUUCGUUGAUUGCUUAGCUUAUUCAAUCCUCAACUUCAUCUGUCGCGAAUUUGGAUAGUUGAGCUAAUUCCUAUAUAGAUUAGACUAUGGUUUAGUUUAGGAGCAUAUAGCUCAUAUUCUACCAAACUUGAUGGCUUUCUUUGCUUCUGUGAUUUCUUUUGCGCCCAUAUUGGGAAGUAACGAUGGGUCAGUUAGUUAUGAUUCUAUUCAUAUGCCUUAUUUGACUCGCUGUAUAAUUAUUAAUUUACCCUAUUAUUAAA